AUGGGCGUCGACGUCGCCGCCUCCCCGGCGACGAUCGCGACGACCCUGGAGGCCACCGCGCCGAACGUCGAAGCGCUCGCGCUCGCCGCCGGGCUCGUCCCGGGCGACGCGGCGACAAUCGCGCGCGCCGAGGAGAUAUCCUCCGCGGACGUCGCCGCGCUCUUCGCGGCGCCGCCGUCGGAUCUGAGCGCGGAGGCGAAAGGGCCGGACCCAAUCGUGGGGACGGUCGCCGCGGACCUCGACGGCGUCGAUGACGGCGCCCCCCCCGGGGGGGGCGCCGCCGCCGCCGAGGUUGUCGCGAUCGCCGCCGACGACGCGCCGCCGGCGCCGACGCUGGCGCCGGCCGCCCCCGCCGCCGCCGCCGCCGCCGCGGGCGGUAUCGCCGCGCCCUCCUCCGCGCCGGCGCCGAUCGCGGGGGCGACGCCGUUCUCGGCGUCGUCCUCUUCGGCGCCCAGCGCCGCCGCCGCCGCGCUCGACGCGGCGGCGGACGCGCCGCCCGCGCCGAUACCGGACACGUGGGAGCCGCACCCGAUGGACCCGCUGCGAUUCGUAAAGUACGAGAUUCGACAGCUCCUGCUCGCGCGCGGGUCUCUAUCGAUCGCGCAGCUUCCGGAGGAGUACCUCAAGUGCUACCGCAAGCCGCUGACGACCGCGCUCAAGGUUCUGGAUUCGCAGUACACCCCGGAGAGCGCGCGCAGCGGCAAACCCGGCGGCCGCGCUCGGAAGUCCACGCUCGGCGCGUUUCUGCGAGAGCACCUCAUGGACGUCAUCGAAGUUCGACAGAGGCCGCACGGGCAGCACGUCAUCGUCGCCGCGGGCGGGCCUCUGUCCACCGGGCAGCACGUCGACGGCUUCGGCGGCGCGAUGCGCGCGCCCGGCGUCGGGGGGUUUUCAUCCGGCGGCGGCGGCGGCGGCGGCGGCGCGGGGGCGUACGCCGCGUCGCCCAACGCCACGCAGACCACCGAGGCGAGCAUCCGCGCGCUGAUUCUGCAGCACGAAGAGCAACAGCGGCGGCAGCAAGAGGCGCACCUCGCGCAGCUGCGGCUGAUUUUCGAGAACGCGAGCGGCGGUAACGCCCUGGGCGGCGGCAACGCGAGCGUCGCCGCCGCCGCCGCCGCCGUCGGCGGCGACGCGGGCGCGACGCUUCUGAACGACACCGGCCCGCUGAUCAACUUCGCGCCCGUGCGCGACGCGCUGCGAAGCGCGUCGCUGCUUCCCGGAAUGUCAAACAACGUCAACGUCGCCGCCGCGAUGAACGUCGGCGGCGGCGGCGGCGGCGCGACGUCGUCGGCGACGCGCGCGCGGUUCGAUUUCGACCCGCCGCCGAACGCGGACGCGAACGCGAACGGUUGGCACAGCAGCGUGUCCCCCGUCCCCGCCGCGAACCUCCUCGCGAUGAACCACCCCACCGCGCGCGCGAACACCAUCGCGGCGGCGGCCAUCGGCGCGCUCCGCGGCGCGGCGCUACUCAACCCCACCGUGAACGACAUCCCCGCGGAGAACCGCAUCUACGUCACCUGGCGCGUGCCCUCCUCGGAACCGGCGCUGCGGGUCGAGGACCUGUGGACGUACUUCAGCCGGUUCGGAAGGAUCGCGUUCUGCAACCCGCGGCCGCUUCGGCAGUCGCACGCGACGAACGUCCUGCGAAGGAACUCGUCGCUGUCGGGCGCGGGGUACGCGUUUCUCGGGUUUUCCCCGCCGAACGGCGCGGAGGCGGUGUCGAGGGUGCUCGCGAGCCCGACGCACGCGCUCCGCGCCGCGGAGUUGCGCGUGAAGCCGUGGCGCGACCGCGAGCUCAAGCCCGGCGAGGUCGCGAGCGGCGCGUUCGGGGACGGCACGUUCGGCGCGGGCGGCGCGCACUCGGGGGAUUUCUACUUCCCCCACCCGGACGACUCCGGGACGCCCGUGCUCGCGACGUCGUCCGUCGCGGCCCCCGAGCUACCGCAGCCGCAGUCGCAGCCGCACGGCGGCGACCCUCAUCAAGGGAACCCCUCACAACACAGCGCGCGCGUUCAACGCGGCGGCUUCGACGCCGCCCCGCUGAACGCCGCGUCGUCGGGUUCCGCAGCGUUUAACGCCCUCGCCCCGGCGUACACCGCCGCGGCGACGCACCAUCACCACCAACGACAGCAGCAACGUCAACAACAACUUCAAGGUCAUCAGCGAGGUCAUCAUCAGCAGCGAGGUCUUCAACAUCAGCAAGGUCAUCACGGGUGGGACCGCCGUCGCGGACGCGACGACGCGCGACAACGCGCGACGUCGUCGCACGACGAGUACGGGUUCGUCCACGCCGGGUCGUUCGACGCGGCGUACGACGAGACCGCGCUGUUCGGCGAGGGGUUCUUCAACGACGACGCCGCGUCGGCGUCGACGCGUCACCGUUACCACCACCACCACCACUCGCCGGGCGGGUCCUCCAGGUUCGAAGACGACGCGCUCGGGUUCGUCUCCGGGGAGCUCGGCGGCGCGUCGCCGGACGCUGCCUCGAGCUUCGGGUCCGGGUCGUCGAACCUGUGGGCGUCGUCCGCGGCGUUCGCCGUCGGCGGCGGCUCGACCGCGUCCGCGUCCGCGACGGCGACGGCGACGGCGACGGCGAGUUUCACCCCGAUCGAUCGCCGGAGCUCGCUCGACAGCGCGUACUCCGUGCCGAUGAAGCCGUCGUCGUCUUGGUCCGACGCGGGGAGCAGCGUGUGGUCGCAGCAGCAGCAGCCUGAGCACGUCGACAAGGUGGAGGACGACGUCUACGGCGACUGGGCCCGCGAGAGCCGGCUGUGGGGAUACAAGUGAACGACGACGCGACGGAUUUUUUUGAUGAACCGAAAAGAGACGACGACGACGACGACGGCGACGACGACGACGAUUGCACUCACUGGAGUCCCUCCGCCCGAGCGUCCGCUGGCGGACCCGAGGAAGGGGGGGGGCUCUCUAUGUUGUUUUUGUAACACGACACGCGCGACUCGUUGA